UUAACUUACUUGAGUUAAUUUUAUGUUAGAUAAUGGGUCAUAUGGAUGUUAUUACAAUAAUCAGUGAUGGUUUCAAUGUAUACUUUCCAACCCUUAUACUUGCUGUAUGUUUAGCAACUUAUUUUAAUGUUGGAACAAGAAUAUUGUCCAUAUUAGGAUUUCCUCAGUUUUUAGAAGAUGAUGAUUUGGUUACCGAUUACAUUCAAGAAGGGCGUUUGUUAGUGGUUCGAGAAAAAGAAAGACGUGAGCGUAAAAUACGAGGUAACGAAAUGCGUCGUAAAUAUAGAGAAAGGUCUCUACCAAAUGCAAAUGAGGAGGUUGAAGAAAGAGUUCCACCAUCUCGGAAAGACAACAUGAAAUCAUACCUGUUGGAUAAU